AUGAUCGAUAACCUUCAGAGAUUCUACCUGCAGCGGCUCGAAGUGGCGUCCGAAUGCGGGUUGCAUGGCAACAUUGACGACUGCGUCGAUAUCUGUCUGGAACUGUUACUGAAGACCGACCUUGCCUUCUGGACGCGGGCCCUUGUAAACCUGACCAUGGCCGACGUCGCUCCCAUACAUGACUACCCUGACAAGUCCAGAUUCGCAGCUGAAGCGCUUCGCCUUAUCAUGGAGCUCCAAGAAGAGGAACAUCCCGGCAAGCGCCCUUUCUGGUUUGCGGAGUACGCUGAAACCGAGAAGGAUGCUCGAAAUUCGCUCGCCCGAGCCAAGCUGCAAGAGGAACAAUACCAGCUGUCAUUGGAGCAGGAAACCGUCGUUGGGAGCAUGGAGGGUCUGGAGAUCGAACAACUGGCAGGCACAAGCGCCAAUGAGAACGGUAGAGACGAAGAAGACCCCAACAUUGAAGGGGUAUUCAUCGGUAAUGACAACGACAUCCCGGAGGUCGAACAAGAGCUUGGAAUGGAGGGGUACUUCACACUCAAUCCAGCCAUUGCAGGGAAUCGCAUCGUCGUCAACGAAGAGGUUUUGCUGAAGCAACCGGCUAACGCCGCGGAAGCAGUGGAAGUCCAAGUGGAAGGCCAUGAAGACGAUGGAGACAAGUUCCCAAUUCGGCGAAAGACCCCAAGGCAUGAAGUCAAGCAAAAAGAGUCUAUGACUGCUCUGCCCAUACCCUUCUCCAAUCAUCCAUCCUGUCCAGGACGACGGAUAGAUAUGAUGGGCGGAGAUGCAAGAUGA